AUGGACAAGAGAUUGGACACGCCUGUGCGUGUCAACAUCGGCGGUGGUGUUGCUGGCUAUGCGGCCAGCAAUGGCACCAACUGCACCAUUGCCGCCGCCACCACCACCACUGACGCUAUCACCUACGCCGACGUCCCCGCCGAGAUCACCGGUGCCACCGUACUUGUUGCCAAGGCCACCAAGGUCGAGAAUAUCGAGAAGCAUGGGUCCAAGCGCGACGGUUCUCGCUCUGACGCGACCCCAGAGCCGCUGCCUCACUUUGGCCCAACAGACAACCACUCCAAGAACAGGCAAAAAGAUUCCAGCGAGGCAAACUCGAGCAUUAGCGGCAACACCACCAACGGCACCACGCGCGGCAUUACCGGCCAUGCCGCAGGUUAUCGCGCUGUCCAGGUCGAGCCCACACUACAAAGUCUGCAGUACACCGCUCCCUCAUGGAGCAAGAACUGCGACUUCAGCACACCAAUGUACGAGAUCGCGGCGCGCACGUGCACGUACCUCAACCACACCUGCUCCGGGGCGCUCAUCCAGGUCAAGAUGACGCAGAACCAGGACACUCAGGCCAACGCGGCCCAGGCCCAACAACAAGCACAAGGACAACAGCAUCGCAUUGCGAUACCCCGACCAGGAGCUCUCCGUAGUCCUUGUUGA